AUGUCUGUGCUUCCGCUCUACCUCGACAUCGACGUGUACGACGCCGACAAGAGUCGCAAAAAGAGGGAUUCGGUGUCAAAGAGAGGAUGGCUGUGGGGCGGCGUGAUUGCGCUUAGCGCGGUGGUCGAACUACUCGCUGCUAGAACUCGUCAACAAGGAAGCAGUAUCCACCACCUAGUCAACGACGAAGAGGGAGACGACCCGGUUCCCGACCAACUCUCACCUCCGCAUCGAUGGCCACCGCUACAAGAGGGAGUGGAGGAACACUGUUUGUAUGUAGGAGACUACGGACUGCUGGAGCGUCUGAACAACUCAGCACAAACCUUUUGCGCUGGUAGCAAGUCUCCGUAUACGGUUUACAGUGUUGCCGAGGCCGAAUUUCAAGCCGCAACGAUGGAUAAUCUCGUCCUGGAAUGGCGAGGUACCCCUGCGUCCGAUGCUGUUGACACUUGGACACAAAAUGCGACGGGUGACGACACAAGAUUUGUGUACAAUUCCGCGUCAGCGUACUGUGGCUGCGAGAAUUCGCUGCAUGGAGCUCUGAAUAUCUGGACGAAUUCUGCCGCUGGUGGCAGUCAUUGCCAGCCCCUACCAUCGGAUUUGCCGACCAACAUAUCGAUCGUGCCACGUGCAGUGGUCGUUUUGAGAAAAGACCAGACUCCAUUCGAGCAAAUUGUGGGCAUUUUGAUACGUGGGAAGACGACGCAACUUGUGACAUUCGAUCGUCCAUUGCCGAGCACGUUCGAUGAGCUGCAGCACGCGCUUCCAGGGCCCGAGAAACCCGUCAUUGAUGGCGACCAAGGUCCAAAGCAUGUGAUUCGCUUUGAUUCCAUGCUAAUCGCUCUGUUUGAAGCCACCGGGCCCUUGAUGAGUCAUUUGUACGAUGACCAGCCGUGCUUCGCCAAUAAAAUGGUUGCGGAUUUCCGGGAUGUGGCGCUAAAGAGCAUGGACGUCAGUCCACGAAACCAGAAGACCCAAGCUCGGCGAUGUCUAGUCACCGUUAUUUCGCAGAGGGAACGAGGCGUGUGGCAAAACGAAGGGGAAAUCCUGGAUGGAAUGCGCAACGACUACAAAGACGCUUACAAGGUCGGUGUGUGCGAGUUUCAAUCUUUGGAUUUCGACAACAUGUCUAUUCACGACCAGAUGCGCGCUAUGGUGGACAGUGACGUCGUCAUUGGUAUGUACAGCGACAGUAUGGUGCACGAGAUGUGGACUCGCCCCGGGGCUGACGUGGUGGAGAUUUUCCCGAACCAGUUCUACCGCUGGGAACAUCGCAAUCUAUGCCAGUUUCUUGGGUGUUCCUGGAAUCAAUUUCGUGGGGGAGACGAUAUUGUGAUACCUACUUCUGACUCAAUCGAUACCGACAAGUAUAUCCCAUACCAAGAGUGGAAGGAAUUCUUUGGCCCACUCUUUCGGGUUGCCAUCGCAAGACUCGAAGGAUUCAUUGAAGGAAUGUAG